AUGACAAGCUUGCUGCCUCUUUCAUCGCCAACUCCACGUCCAGACACGCCUCCCAUGCUUUUUGACCACCAAGUUCUCGAAGAUAUGAUGGAUUGCUUUCCGGAAAUGCUCGCGAGGGAUUUGGAAAGAUCGAAACCGCUCUUUGAAUCUAAGAAUAUGACUGCUGGUAUGCCGUCCGGGCCUGUUUGGUUCGCAGAGAACCAUAUCAGUAACCAAAAUUCAUCACCGAGUCGAACUAUCGCUUCUCCUUAUCAAUCAGGGUCUAUCCUCGUGCAGAACUUAGGAUCCAUACAAGAACGACGGUCAAUGGUCUCAUUUCUCGAACACCGAGGACAAGAGAUGGAGGAAGUGGAAUCAGAUGAGGAAUCCGUAUCACCGUCGGAGUCUUCUGCAGGCAUCCCUGUCCCUUCUAUCAAGUUGCGCGAGCAAUCUAUAGCUACAGCGGCAACCUCUCUCACCUCAGCAAGUGGCAAUCCACCCUCCCCGAAAAGUCUAUCACCCACCGAGCGAGGACACGAGUACAGCUGGAUCGACGCUGAUUCCGAGGCUGAUGAAGAGGACGUCAGAUCCGUGAACCGGGACCAAUUAACCACACCGAGAGGGAUGGCUGCUCUAUCCCCACGACCACCUACACCAACCAACAUUGAGUCAACAUUUGAUAUCACAGUUAUGAUGAAGGCUCCCCAGCCUCGUCUACACAGAGCAUGCUCGUACGCCGACGAGUCACCAAAGAGUUCGAAGCAACACAGAAGGCAAAUCUCUUCCAAAUCCUUGGAUGCGCCAGUCAUCCCUCCCAGGGUUGCAUCUCUCGCAAGUACGACAGAAUCAGCAAACACAACACCGCGACUUAGAACACCCGUGUAUGAUUCGCGGAUAAGUCCCGACCGCCAUGGUUACACCAAAAAAUCAUUCACCUCUUACCGCUUUCGUGACGAGACAGACAACAGUACAAUUCUGUUAAAAUCAGACUUUGGAUCUAUUGAGCUGGAGAUUGAGGACGAAGAUAGAUACAUGGAUCAUUAUCCACCUCCUCCCCCAUUGUCCCGACCAGAAACAGUUUACAUCGAACAAACACCACCACCUUCGCCAUUACCUACUGUCGAAUCUUGGCUCAAUGAUUCGAAUCCUCCUUGCAUGCCCCAGAUACCUGUCGACGAUCUGGUCAAGGCCGUACCCCUUCCUCCUGAUGUUAUUGAGACGCUAAGAGUUUCAAUCGCAUGCUUCCCUGAGACAAUGCUGCUUUCUUCGAGUUUGACUACAGAAACAAUCCGGUCAUACUCCAAAAAGGUCAGAAGCCCCUCGGUUGACAGCUGGGCUGAACCAGCGAGAGACUCAUCGUCGUUGCACCCCCGAAAGUCGAUCUGGAAGAAGGUCGUUUCACAUGGUCGCGACUCAAGUGCCACCAGGCGUCACCGGUUGCAUUCGUACGAUAGCAACACUUCAUCGGGUUCCGUCGCGCCCCCAGUACCUUGGGCCUCUCUGCGACAUGUUUUUCCUGGUUGCUCAGACUAUAUCUGCGAUGCUUUGUAUGCUCACAUCGUCGCAUACAACUAUGUAUCACGGGUCCCCCGCAACCACCCCGCAGGAAACCGGGCGUCAACUCCAGACCCCAAGUCGCAGGGUGAAAACAUUCCAAAGAAAGCUGCCUCAAUUCUCGGGCUUAGCGCAAUGCAAACGAACCCUACACCCAACGUUGGCCGAUUCGCUAGGAAGUUUAGCUCUCCUCUUACAGCCAUUGGCUUGGGCAAAGAGGAGACGUCGACCGUGACUAAUCACGACAAUGCGACACGAAAUAUCGAGUCAGGGCUGCUUCGCUGCAUCUCUCGACUUGUCGGUACCGCAAAGAUGAUUACAGAGAAUGGCACUGCAGAGGAAAGAAUCAUGGAUACUGAGCCCCAGGCGGUGGACAUGAUGUUUGUGCGAAGCCUUUGUGAGAUAGUCAGAUUGUGCGAGGAGGUAUCAAGUCCUCAGAUGAACUAA